AUGGCCAGAACCAAGCAAACCGCUCGCAAGUCUACGGGAGGAAAGGCUCCCCGUAAGCAACUCGCAACUAAGGCUGCCAGGAAGACUGCCGCAACCGCCACUGGUGGUGUCAAGAAGCCCCAUAGAUUCCGCCCCGGAACCGUCGCUCUUCGUGAGAUCAGGAGGUACCAGAAGUCGACCGAGCUCCUUAUCAGGAAGCUCCCCUUCCAGCGUCUCGUCCGAGAAAUCGCUCAGGAUUUCAAGACCGAUUUGCGCUUCCAAUCCUCUGCUGUUAUGGCUCUCCAGGAGGCCGCUGAGGCUUACCUCGUCUCCUUGUUCGAAGACACUAACUUGGCCGCUAUCCAUGCCAAGCGUGUCACCAUCCAGCCCAAGGAUCUCGCCUUAGCUCGGCGUCUCCGUGGCGAGAGGUCUUAA